CCAUGUGCUUAAUCGUCGCAGUAACUAGUGGUUCAUCAUCAGCCAAACUUCAACAGAGAUACCAUCUCACUGUCAUAACUGUAAACAGAGCCUUCAACUGCGAGAAACUCUUAUCAUUCAAAGCAUUCCACAUCUUCUAAGGUGUUCAGAACUUUUUUCUCAAGUCAUGAAGCCAUUUCAAGCAGCUCAAAUUUUAACGUUAUCAGUGAUUUUGUCGAGCAUUACAUCUUCGGUAUUUGCGUGCUGGUGUCCACUAAAGCAUCCUCAAUACCACUACUGUACAUCAGAUUAUGUGUUUCGAGCUGUAAUCACUGAAUUCGAAGAGGUGCCAAAGUCAAUAUUAGAGGAACCGAUAGCACCAGCACCAAAAGUUCUGAAACCAACAACGCAACCAACAACGAAUCCAAUAACAAAUCCUACAAUGAGCCCAACAAUGAAUCUAACAGCGAAUCCAACAACAAAUUCAACAACAGAUAUAACGACAAAUUCAACAAGGGUGAAUACAACAAAAGAAACAGAAAUCGUGUCAACAUUGGCGGAAACAGAGCGAAUCAAUUCUACAUUACAAACAGCGUCUACACCCAGAGAAAACUCAUCAACAAUUUUGGACAUCACGUCAAGAGACACGGUUAGGGAGAGUGCAGCCUCAUCAGCAACAGAUUUAACUGAUUCAUUGAGUUCAUCAUCUGAAGAACCAGUAAUUGGUAUGAAAAUUCAGUUUGAAAAGCAUCCAAAGAUAGCACCGAUCCAACAGAUAAUGCUUGAUGCGAGGUCAGCUUCACAAGUGGUGUUUGAAUCCUACACAAGCAGCUCUGAAUUUCUUAACUACCCGGAAGACUAUUUAAUUCGGUAUCGCAUGAAGGUAACAAAAGUGUUCAAAGGUGCGAUAGAUAUUGGUCACACAGAGAUUUUCACGUUGGCAGAUAGGAACCAAUGUGGGAUGAAGCAUUUGAAAAACCAUACAUCAUAUCUUUUCACAGUAUCAGAAGGAGAUGACAAAAGAAUACACGCUACUGAUUGUGACUGGGUGCCAGAAUACAAAGAACUGACAGACGAACAGGUGGCCGGCCUUUUUAAGUCUUAUGGAAAAUUCUGCAAAGCUUGUAAUAAUGCAGAGUCUUGUUCGAAUCAUCCAUGGUAUAGUGAAUGCGAUUACAAAUACUCUAGUUGUUUCCAACACGACACCAACCGAGGAAAAUUUGGAUGCACGUGGGCAGAAUCAGCUAAACACAGGAGCUGUCGUGAAGAGCAACAGGCAUUGCAUCAAGGAACAGCAUUUUACGGCUAAUUGUGGAGUAUUUUUAACAUAAUUAUAAACUGUAUAUGCUAUAGCAUUUUUGGUAAAUACGAGAUAAUUAAAAUUUCAAUUUUAUUUCAGUGUUCCUGCAACAGUAUUGAAAAGGCCUAUUUACAUUAAAAAACACAAGUGAAUGUUUUUGAAAUUCUGUAUCAUAAUUUAACACAAGCUUCUCAAUAUUCAAAAAAAAGUAAGAAUCGGUGAGGUAUGAACCCAACAUGUUAACAUGAGAGGUUCACCUCUAUACAAUAUAAGAGAGGUCAAAGGGUAAAUAGGUACUGCUUAUUUAUACUAUAAGUAAAAGAUUAAUUAGUCUGCCUUCAUAUUUGAUUUACACACAAAGUUAAAUGUUUCAUUUUUAUCUAUAGAUUAUAAAUAAACAGACACUUAUAUUAAGUGUGUACUAAUCCUUAAGGCUGUAUUUGGAGACAAUAAUACAAUAUAUAAGGAUACAAACAGCUUUACCAAAAUCUUCAGCAUAUGUAAAUUCUAAGGGCUUUUUAUACAAAGUAGCAAAUAAGCAUUCUACUGUAUUCCCUACAUUAAAAAAAAACAAUUAAACCAAAGAAACACAUACCCUAGUUCUUUUUAAAUGACAUAUAAGCCCUAUCACAUCAACUUCGACAAAUUUUUAAUUUAAGUUCAAGAUACCAUAAAAUCAAACUGAUUGUUUAAAAAUUAUGGAAACAUGUUUACGGUAAUUUAAAUCUUUUUAAUUAUGAUUUGCGUCCAGUAAAAACCCUGCAAAAAUUUCCCAAAAUUAUAUUUUCCCUAUAAUUUUGUACAAUUGAAACUUCAAAAUCCUUAAAAAAUAGUCUUUUUAAAUUGAUAUUUUGAAUUAAAGAUUUGUGGACAAUUAUUUAUAAAAAUUAUUUCUAUUUAACAUAUUAUUAAAACUAAAAUCACUUCUAUGUCUCUAAAAAAACAACCAACAUUGGAAUAGCAUUGCGACUGCUACUUCAGGAUCGGAUUCAUCACUAGUCACGAAGUGCAAGAUCAGUGGUCGAGUGGUUAAGACACCAGGCUAGUUAUCUGGAGGUCGUGGGUGUGAUUCUCACCCAAAUCGCUUUUUUUUUUUUGCAAGCAUUUGGGAACGUACCAAGCAUUCAAUACUAUAACAUGUCAGGCAGGGCAAACAUCAUUCGUAUAUUACAUCGACAUCGGAAUAUCAUGUAUAGAUACCUCGUAGCAUGUGUGGUAAAAUGUAAGGCUUAUUUCAUUUACUGCUACUAUUUGUAUCAAUAUUUACACUGUAUAAUAUAUAUAUAUUCAAAUAUACAAAUGUAAAUUGUAUGCUUACAAAAAACUGUAUACUGCUUAUGCUAAAACCUUGAGAAUAGUAUUGUUAUGGAUAUAUAAUAUAAGUGUUUCAAUCUUUUAAAGUUCAUUAUUUACUUGGUAGAAAUUUAGAUGAGAAAGAUAUAAACUUGUAAAAAAAUUAGAAAUUAAAUGAAAUUAAUUUCAGUGAAAGUGUGUGAUAUAAUUUCAUACCUGUCAACAUAAAUAUAUUUGGCUCCAAAUAUUGCCCUCUUGUUCUGGCUGCUUUCUCUAUAUACUCAUUCUUCUUGUUUAUUUGAAUCUAGCCCAGACAUAUAUAUUUUAUUCUAUACAUGGUAUACUAUCAAUAAAAUAUUCUGAAGUAUACAGUUAAUGUUGGCAAGUAUGUAAUUAAGUAAAUAUAACUUAAUAAUAUUGAUUUACAAUAAUAAACAUAAACCUAUUUAAAAUGGAUUUAUUAUAUUUUAAUAUGACCUUAUGAAUGUAAUUCCAACUAUAUGUCAAAAUAUUGAGUUUAAUCUUAAAAAAACUCACUACUACAGUAAAUGGGAAAAAAAUAUUAUUGUACAAUUUGUUAGGUAUACCACAGUAUCUUAUUUGCUUUAGAAACUAUUUUUAUUUAUAAAAAUGAUUCUGGUAUAUUAAUUUUUAAAUAAUACAAACCUGAAAUUUAAAAAUAAUCUCUUUAUGUUUUGAAAAUGUCAAAGUUAGUUACAUAGUAACACAUGUAUUGAUAAUAAUCAUGAAUAAACAUGUUUAAUUCAUGAAUAACUAAUUUUUUUAUGAAUAACAUAAUAAAAUGUUAAAAACCUAAUGUGAAUGAUCAUAUUACAAAAUAUUUAAUUUUUAGGUGUAUUUAUAUAAUUAAUCCACUUAAAAAAAAAAUUAUUGCAAAAAGUAAAUGCAAAGAGAUUUUGAUAAAGGUUUAUUUAAUAGUGCAAGUAAGAUAAUGUUUUAAAGUUUUUAUUUGAGGAAACAACAUGGAGAACACUAGGAAUCUUCAUUUAUUUUGGCAUGCAAUGAAUCAGGUUGAAGAAAAAUAAGAAACAAUUUUAAGAACACAUACUUUAAAUAAUUUUCUAAGAAUACUGGUUAUUCUGAAUAACACACUUCUGUAUGUGUAUGUUGCAGUUCAUCAAGUACUUGAACCAGGUUCAUGGAAUGUAUACUUGUCAAAUAUGUCCCAGCAUCUUAGAACUAUCUACUGCCAAGUGUGAUGUUUUAUUCAAAAUUUACAUGAGAGAAGAUUAAUUUAGAAAAUAUAUAGAGGGCAGCAUUUUAUAAGUUCAGCAUCAGUGAUUUUGUUUAUAGUUGUCCUAUUUGAUAAAAGUAAUUCAUAAAGUUUCAUUUAUUAUGACAGAAGGGUAACAAGUAUGGUGCACUUGAUUAUGUUUUUAUCUUUUUCUGAACUGACAUGAUUUGUACAUUGUAGCAACAGGUGAAAUUUAUUAUUAAGAGGAUAGCUGCAUUUGGGUGGUCUGUCGAUUAGACAGUCUGCGUCUACAUAACGAUUCAAAACUGGAUUUUAGCUCUAAAAAUUCAGGGUACAUGCUAAGUCAUAUGUAACAAUGCAAAUUUAUUUUUUGUGUCUGUGUGUUUUUAUGAAUUAAUAAAUGAUUCUUACAAAAUUUAA